GCACAUUUCUUACUUGAUGAAUUCUGCUGACUCAAGGGCCUCGAUUGAGGAGCUUCACUCUUCCUCAAAACGUAUUGUUGUUGUUGGUGGUGGUCUCGCAGGCUCUUUGGAAGGACUUUUCUUAGCUAAGAGACUAGGUUCGUCGUAUGAAAUAAGGAUCUAUGAAAAGAGGGAAGAUCCUCGUUUGCACGAAGGUGAUUCAGGACGAUCCAUCAAUCUUGCUCUUUCCACCCGGGGAUUAACCGCGUUGGACAAAGUAGGAUUAUCAGAAGAGGUUUCUUCGCAGGGAGUACCUAUGUAUGGAAGAGGUAUUCACCACAGUAAUGGUCAAUUUGAAAUACAGCCGUAUGGUCUGUCAAAGAAGGGAGAAUUUCUGACUUCGAUAUCCAGACACGUAUUAAACUGUAUUUUGCUUAAUGCUUGUGAACGCGCAGGUGUGAAUUUGUGUUUCAAGAAGGCCUGUUCCUCGAUUGACUUGGCGAAUAAUAUUCUGUAUUUUGAAGAAUCGGAGUCUCUUGCUUUGAACUCUAGUUUUGAGUCAACUGAGCAAGAUAUCCCUUGGGAGUUUGACAAUGUUUCUUCCAAGUUCAUAGAAUCCGAGAUUCAAAGAACUAGUGAUGUCUCUUUCAACGUGAAUAUGGUCAAGGCAGAUGUUAUUGUCGGAGCAGAUGGUGUAUUUUCAAGAGUUCGACAAAUUUUGGAAAAUUGCACCAAGGCCAAGUUCAACUAUAGUCAGGUAUAUUUGCCAACUUGCUACAAGGAGUUAACGAUCAAUCCAACUGCGUCUGGUUCGUAUGCUAUGUAUCCAAACUGUCUGCACAUAUGGCCACGAGGACGCUUUAUGUUGAUUGCUCUCCCAAAUUCUGAUGGUUCGUUUACUUGUACUUUGUUCAUGGAUGAAGACGGAUAUGCAGUAAGUUUCAAGAAUAUUGAAACAAAUGAGCAGUUGUUAAAUCUGUUCAGCACUUACUUUAAAGACGUCAUACCUCUCAUACCAGAUUUGCUAAAUCAAUAUUUCCAUUCACCCUUAUCAUUUCUGUUAUAUACUCAGUGUGAGCCUUACCAUUUUAAGAACAAUAUUGUACUUAUUGGUGACGCAGCACAUGCAAUUGUACCUUUCUAUGGGCAAGGUUGUAACUUGGCAUUUGAAGACUGCCGUAUUUUAGAUGAAUUGAUAGAGUUGCACUGUGGAAAGUGGUUUGAUGUCUUGCAACAUUUUUCGCAAAGUAGGAAGUCCAACGCUGACGUUAUAGCUCGUCUGGCACUGGAAAAUUAUUUGGAAAUGGCACAGAAGACGUCAAGUCGUUUGUUUUUAUUAAGGAAAAGGAUUCAGAUCACUUUCAGUGAGUGGUUUCCGAAUACCUUUCCUUCUUUGUAUCGCUUGGUUUCAUUUACCAAUGUUCCUUAUCGUGAUGCUGUCAGUCUUGUGGAGAAGGGCAAUUCAGCUCUCCGUAAAUAUCUUAUUUGCAGUUUGUGUGUAACUACGCUAGCUAGCUUCUAUUGGAUUAAGUGUUUGUGGAGGACCAACUAGAUUCAGGGAACUCGAAUGUAACUGCCUUGAAGGAUUAUUUUUAUUGAG